UUUCAAGCGUUUCUGCUCUUCCGGUUCUGUUGUAUUAUCACAUAUUUUUAUCUUGUAUUCUUAUUGCUCCUUCGACUGAGACAGAGUGACUGUCUCUUCUCUCUCUGACUUGUCCUGUUCACGUACCAUUAGCUUGAGUACACGUGAGGCUCUCGGACCAGAGGAGCCGCAAUGUAUGACCAACGGCCUACCAUUAUCUGGCUCAACGCCCUUCUCAUUGCUCUCACAUUUGCGGCGACCUGCUCGAGAGCUGGGCGACGAAUCUUCGUCGUUGGGAAGUUCAGUUGGCACGAUGCUUUGAUCACGGUGGCUGCGGUCGCGGCGACCAUCUUUUCCAUCUUCCAGAUCGUUGGAACCGGCCUCGGCCUCGGGAUCCAACAAGCAGAUGUGGAUCCCGCCAACAUGCCUAAGAUCGUCAAACUCGUCAUCGCCUCCAACGUCUUCUACUUCCUCUGCAACUGGGCUGUCAAGCACGCGCUCCUGCUCUUCUACUCGGAGAUCACGCGCGAGAAAUCGCACCACAUCAGCAUCUACAUCAUGCACUUUGUGGCUUUCGGCUUCGGCAGCAGCAGCAUCCUCGUCGACAUCUUCCAAUGCCGGCCUAUUCGCAAGGCUUGGGAUGCUACAGCGCCCGGCUGGUGCGCUAAUAUGAAUAUCUUCUUUUACUUUAAUGCGAAUAUUAUGCUGGCCACGGAUUUGGUGUUGUAUAUUAUGCCUGUGAUUUUCACGUGGCAUUUGCAGUUGAGGAGGCCCCAGCGGAUUGGGCUGAAUUGUUUGUUCGCCCUUGGUGGACUUGUCCUGGCAGCCAGCGCCGCCCGUGUCUAUUCGGUCCAUAUGUUCGCCACUCGACCCGACUUCACAUAUCGCUUCGCCAACGCCAUGAUCUGGUCCGUAAUCGAAAACCACCUCGCGGUAGUCGUCGCCUGCGCGCCCAGCGUAAAAGUAAUCGCCCUCCUCAUCUUCCCGCGUCUAACCUCCUCCUUCGGCAAAAUCGUCUCAAAAGUAACGCCCUCUGGCUCGCGCUCGCGUUCGCGCGCCUCCGCGCCCAUGGGCCUGGACCUCGAAAGCGGCACAAACAAGAGCGACAAGCUGAAGCCGACGCCGUCCAACACGCCGCUGCCGAGCCCGGCGUACACGGUGGACAGCGGCAGCAGCAGGGCGAGCAAGAACUUUGCGAAGUGGUUUCGGAGUGGGCCGGGGAGUCCGAGGUUUGGGAGUACGAGUGGGGAUAGUUUGGAGGAUACGGGGUUGGUGUAUGUGGAGGAGAGGCAGUUGGAUGAGUUGAGGGCGGAGAGGGGGCAGGAUAUUAGGGUGGAGCAUACUAUUAGUGUGGAUAGGGAUUAGAUGGAUUGGAAUCAUUCAUUGUAUUGGUAGUUAUUAGGCGAGGUCGGGAUGCUAAUAAGGUUAUCCUCCUCUUGGCUCUCUUGUAGAGGCCU